AUGGCCUACAAUGAUGAUGUAGACCUACAAUUCCAAGUGAUAUUUACAAUUCCAAGUAAAUAUCCCGCUUACAACUGUUUUAAAACCAUCGAGAACAACGAACUGGAGGCCCAACAACUUCUUUUUCGGUGCCAGGAUCGGAUUUUAGUAGCUUUUCUUUCGGUCUGCGAGAGACUUGGUGAUGCAUUCAUAUCAUGGUUACCAUUGUACGGCGAAGUGAAGUUCGCUUUCUUCGUCUAUUUAUGGCAUCCCCGGACAAAGGGCACACAGUACAUCUACUGCUACUUCUUUCGGCCAUACUUGGCCAUCCAUGAGAAGGUCAUCGACCGUAACUUGCUGGAGCCGAAGGUGAUGGCGGGGGAUUACGCAGUUUCGAUGUGGCAAAAGGCAAUGAGCUACGAUCGGAUAAAUUUUUCUUUCAAAACACCAACCGACAUAAAUGGAUCGUCCAUAGGAAUUGAAUCGAAAUCUCUUGCACUCUUAAAUUUAUAA